AUGAUGGGUUCACCAAAUAAUGGUGGUAGUGGGAGUGAAGAAGAUGAUAAAUGUGUUCCACGAGCUGCUGUAUAUAAAAUGAUAAGAGAUUGUACACCACAAAUUCGUGUUUCAGGCGAAGCAAAAGAAUUUUUUGUUCAAUGUUGUAAUGAAUUUAUUCAUACAUUAGCUUUACAAGCCAAUGCUGUUUGUGAACAACAAGCAAAAAAACUUAUUCAUCCCGAUCAUAUUGUUACUGCUUUGGAUAAUUUGGGUUAUAAUUCAUAUAAAAAAAAUUGUUUAAAUGCAAUGGAAACUGCACAAGAAGAAAUGGCUCAGAAACGUAAAAAACUUCAGGGAAAACCACCAUCUAUUUAUACUCAAGAAGAAUUACGAAGACAACAAGAAAUUCUAUUUGAACAAGCUCGUGAAGAAUUACAACAAUUAGAAGAAGAUGAUUGGGCAAGAACACAAGAAUUAUCUAAAGAAGUUUUACGAAAAAAAAUGGAAGCAACCCGAACUGAUGAUGAUAAUUAUGAUGAUUAA